AUGCGUCACGGAGCAUCCCCAGUGGCAUCCGCGAAUUCUUGGCGUGGGAGGGAAGAGUGCCAGAAAUGUGGUAAGUUCGGUCACCAUGGCGGUCAGUGUUUACAGUGUCAUACUACCCCAUCCACUAGAAGGGUAUCAAACGCUGUGGUCACUCAUUAUCGACGACAUUAUGCAACUCCGGUGAUGGCAGAGAGGGCAAUGAAUGCAGAAAAGACGUAUACCAGCAGUGGUGCUAUAGCUGCUGGGAACGUGUACACUUCAGCCCUCACACCACCUCGCUAUGGCCAUCUUAUCGCGGCCGCCACUGUGAGCCGCCGCGGUUCGGAGGAGGCGGCCGCCAACGGUGCAGGAGUGGAACUCAGCCCUUGUGGUCCUCUGCUUCAGUGCCGGAAAUCGCAGCAGUCGUACGAUUCCCCAUCAGGCAUACCCUACACAUUAAGUUAUGGUUGCAGGCCUCAUCAUCCCAUUUCAGGCGAUUUCCCUCCUUCAGGAAAUGCUGUCGCGUCCCCAUCGUACAUGUUCACUUCCGAUCCAUCGGUUUGUUCCGAAGAUGUUUCGUUGGGCGAUCCCUCUAGUUCCUUUGCCACAACGACACGUGGCCGUCGAGGAACUGGCGGUGCGAAGCAGCAUGUCGAGUGCUCACUUCUUAGUCACUUUCCUGGCUCCAUCCCACCUCAGCAAUCUCUCAAAACUGAUCCCACCGCCCGCCUUAGUGUGGGGGCAGUGGAGAAGGAGCUUUUGGAGGCGGGUGUCGAGGAGCUGGUAGGGAUUCUUUUGGAGCUCGGCAGCAGGCAUGCUGAAGCAGCUCAGUUUAUUGAAGAUAAGGCUCGUUUGAUGGCCAUCCGCCGCAGUCAUUACGCCAACACAAGCAUUGCUACGAGGAGUCGCUCUUCUUCUGUGCCGGUGGCGGAUACGUCCCAUGACAGUUCGUGGGCUCACCGUCGUGAAGGUCGACCUGUCGCAGGUCGUCUCCCUGCCUCCAUUCAUGCCGCUGACUCCUCUGCUGUGUCGUCAGAGAACGUAUCACAUGAUCAACGCAUCGGGUCCAUAUCCGCUACCCCUGAAGAUCAACGCGGCAAACGCAGAGUCCUUCACGAGGAGUUGGUUGAAGUUCCAUCAGAGUCGCCACUCUUCAGUGUUGAGUUACACCCAUGCUUGCGGUGGUAUGGUGGAUGCCGGUACCCUACGGAGUGCGCUUUUGCAGCAUGUCCGCGGAACCUCUGCCUUAGCUGGGUACGCGGUUGCUGUGAUUCUGAAUCUCAGUGCGGUGGUGUUCACCAAUUGCCAGGUAACUGUUCGCCAGAGGUGCGUGCGAUAUUUGACCUCAACCACGGUGCCGAUCGUGGAAAGCUUGGACAGCAAAAACUUGAGGGCGCCGGACACCAACAGUGGGGACAUAACCACCGACACCAUCAGAAGCCGUACGGUCAGAGUACUGUCUGUGUUGGGGAAGGUAAGCGUUCUGACACGUUGGAUUCAGUACAUGAAGGAAAUGGUGCUGCGGUGACGUUUACACCGCGAGGACAAAUCAUAUCGGACCCCACUGGAGUCCCUGGGAGUUUUGAGCGCUUUGUUCGUGAAAUACCCGGUGGUGAAGGCGAGUGCAACGAAGGAAAGGAGAUUUCUUCCCUUCGCGGUUGCAGAGGUUAUCAGAGUUGGUUUUGUGAUUGUGAUGAGGGGGUUGAAGUACGACUCACACCUCAAGGCGCCUUGUCAACUGUGCGAUCAUUAAAUGACGACUUUGGUGAAGCGGCUGAUCCUUCCUUUGAGUCAUUUACGGCUGAUGUGGGGUUAGUGUGGUCUUCACCACUGAAGCGGUCCGGUUCAUGUAGCAUAAUGGCCUGCAGUGCUGAUUGCGAACCCGAAAUUCCCUCCUUCAAUUCGAGAACUCGCUCCGCUUCGCCGAUAGAUGCAUAG